AGGAAUCUAGUAACGAUGGCGAAAUGGAAUGAGUUUGGAAAUAUAAACGGGGCUGCAAGGACUUUCCAUAAAUUUGAAAAGAACUGAUUUAUUUCCUCAUAUUUUGCACGAGUAGAAGCUCAUGCAAAUAUUAUAAGAAUCCACAAACUUCGUCAUAAGAGAAGUAAGGGAGAGGAUUUGGAACACUUCUCAAACUUGCUUGGACCUAUAUAGAAUUUAAAAUGGCACAGAGAAGCUCAGGGAUGUCUAUUGACCCAGAAAUGCGCUUUACUAAGCUGGACAAAAUAGGAAAGGGUUCUUUUGGGGAAGUAUUCAAAGGAAUUGAUAAUUCAUCACAGCAAGUUGUUGCCAUCAAAAUUAUAGACUUAGAGGAAGCAGAGGAUGAAAUUGAAGAUAUCCAACAGGAAAUUAUGGUCUUAUCACAGUGUGAUAGUCCGUUUGUCACAAAAUACUACGGGUCCUAUCUCAAGGGUUCAAAGUUAUGGAUCAUUAUGGAGUACUUGGGUGGGGGAUCAGCACUGGACUUGAUGAAGGCUGGACCAUUCUCAGAGUCCGACAUCGCUAUUAUAUUAAGAGAAAUCCUCAAAGGACUAGAAUAUUUACAUUCAGAGAGGAAAUUACACAGAGAUAUCAAAGCUGCCAAUGUGUUAUUAUCAGAAAAUGGGGAUGUAAAACUAGCAGACUUUGGUGUAGCGGGACAGUUGACUGAUACUAUGGGCAAACGUAAUACAUUUGUAGGCACACCAUUCUGGAUGGCUCCUGAAGUGAUAAAACAGUCAGCAUAUGAUACUAAGGCUGAUAUAUGGAGCUUGGGCAUUACUGCCAUUGAAUUAGCUAAAGGCGAGCCCCCAAACUCUGAGCUCCAUCCCAUGAGAGUUUUAUUCCUAAUUCCUAAAAAUAACCCCCCUCAACUGACAGGAAACUACAGUAAAAGUUGCAAGGAAUUUGUAGAACAGUGUCUGAAUAAAGACCCAAAUAAUAGACCACAAGCGAGAGAAUUAUUACGACACCCUUUUAUUCGACGAGCGAGAAAAACAACAUAUCUCACAGAUCUUAUUGACCGUUAUAAACGAUGGAAGAUGGAGAAAGGAAAUAACGUAGACAGUGAUGACAGUGAUAGUGAAGGAGAGAUUGAUGAGAAUGAUAUGCAGGUUGAUUGGAUCAUGACAAUGAAAGAAGCUGAUGUGGUCAAGCAACAGCUGAUGGCGAAUGUUAAUGGUCAAGACAAGGGACAGGGUAAAAUGUACCCUAGCUCUGGAUCGGUUCUCGCUAAGGGGGGCCAAGAUAUGAUGCGGAGCACCACUCCGCCCUUAGACAUCCCGGCGGAGGAGGCGGUGGCAGACUAUCCCAUCGACGAUGAUAACAUGAUACAACCCCCUCCAGUGUCGUCAGCAGUAUCGUCGAGGGAGUCCGGGAAGCGACCCGCCCCUCCAGCCCCGCCCAGUGUGGGGCAGGACGACUCCAAUCGGCAUUCUAACUAUGAGAAACGCCCCGCCCCUGCACCACCUGAUAAUAGGACUACAAUCAAUACCUCAUACGAUGAUGUAAUUUUAAACAAUGGAACUAAAAUCGCAGCCAGCAGGGGGACUGAAGAAUAUAAUGUUAUGCACGCAGGAAAUCUACGAGGGAAAAAUAUGGGGAGUGAUCCAGAUUUCACUCGAGAUCGCCAAAACUCUUCUCAUAUGCACGCAUCUCCAGUACAUAAGGGACCCAUCAUACAUAGCCGGGCGGAGUCAGCCCCGGCCCUUAACACUGACCGGCGAGAACCUACGGGCGUAGUGCACCUGCGUAGUAGCUCAGAUAUCACGCCUCCAUUAGUGUCCCCCUCCAAACCUAACUACUAUGCCCAGCAUCCCUCCUCCUCAAACAUCGCCUCGUCUCCUGGCCAUGCCCCCAACAAUCAUCAGUACCGUGACCAGCAACAACGCGAACAACGACAUUUAUCUCGACCCAAAUCCCAGUAUGAUGUGCCUAGUAGCACUAACCAUCAAUCGGACCAACAUGUGGAUCGGUUCAUACAAGCCAAGGAUAUGUCACAUGGACCCUAUGGUGGAUAUUAUAGGCCACAGGCCCCUCAGCCCCCGCGUCCUGUGUCGAUGCCUGAUAUCCCUCGUCUGUCACCCAGCCUAACUUCAACAGUUGUUCCUUUGCUGUCCAAGUUAAAGGACGAUUACAAGGAGGAGUACCGUCGUAAUGGUCGGCCUAUACAGAGAACAGAAGCUGUUGAUGAACUCAGGAAUGCCUUUGAGCUGGCAGAGAAAUCUUGUCCAGGCAUCACAGAUGAUUUAGUGGCAGGAUUGAUGGGAAGAUUAGCUAUGUCACACAUGUCAGAGCAAGAUAUCAGGAGGGCAGUUGAAAAGGUCAAGAGAUAAGGACCGUCCUAGCCAGUGAAGUGCUUUUCUUUAAAUAUCUUUGCAAAAUUGUGCGUGGUUUCCAGUGGAGUAUAACAACGCUUGGUCAGCCAUUACAAAUUUUACGUACAUCAUUCCCAGCAUGCAACCGGUCAUGUGAUUGACCUAUCAUAUGUCUGCCUUGCAGCAGUCUAUAGGCCAUGUGACUUAUCGUUACGUCUGCUGUAUGGCAUGCAACGGGUCAUGUGACUAAUUGUUUAAAUAACUUAGAAACGUUUUUUCAUUUCAUUGGAAAAGAAUUUUUACCAAAAAAUGUGUUGUUGGUUAAUUAGCGAUUGACGAACAAGUCAAGUGCAAAGUUACUAUGUGAUACUUAAUGUAGUGUGUUGGAGUGUAGAGAAUGGAGAUCCAGGAUAGGACAACCGGGUGCUUUUAUAGAUGGUAUAAUGGAUAUAUAUAUAUACAGUUCAUCACAGUCAUAUUAUGAUAUAAAACUGAAGUAAGAAUACAACUUAGGAACAGCACUGUGCCCCGACCAAUUAUUGCUGCUGUUACAUGUCCCUCAGCCCAUAGUUAGCCAAUCAGUGGCAGCCUUUUGAAUGAAUUUGAGAUCAUUUCACAUAAUGCUGAUGUAAAAUGUUGGGUAUUAUUCCUGAGGCUAAGAUUAAAUCAGUAAAUGAUUAAAUACAGUGGUUAGGUUCUAGCUUCAACGUGUACAGUGAAUGUUUGUUUCAGGCUUAAGCUUUUGUGCCUCAGUGGUAAGGACAGAUCAUGUCUGCCAACGUUAGAAAUAAUCUUAGAUAAAUGCCAUUAUGGAUUUCUUUGAAUUUGAGAUACAAGCUUUUCCAUUUUAUCCAUAAAGAGGUAAUAUUUGACCAGGUUUUUGGAUAGUUUUCUUGGUGAAAUGAAUAAUGUUAACAUGAUAUAGUAGUUGAAGAAGAGACGUCUGAACAAAUCUCCAAAACAUCAUCAUGUUAAUUUUGAGGAAAAUACACCAUGAAAUCUUGGUUCAUGUACAUUGAAAAUUGUGCAUUUUAUGACUUAAGUUGUCUUCAUUGAAUAUGUAAAAUUCAAACUUGAAUUAGCAUCCAUGAAGCCAAAUGUUCUGUAUACAUGUUUUAACAAUCUGUAGUAUAACUGUAUCAUAUUUCAACAGUUAAGGACAUGAUUGAGUUGGUACAGUGACUCGGAAGGUGUGUAGGAGAGUUGUCCACACAUGAUCAGGUCUUUGCAAACAAAGAUUCUGUGUUAUUGAUAUCACAUUGCGGGGCAAUGCUUAAUGAGCCAAAAAUUACUGGGAUAUAAGACUACAGCUUAAUUACAUCUAAAGAGUCAGUGCUGUAAAAGUAUG